UUUUGAUGCGUUUGAAAAGGAACCAACAUGCGCAACAGACAUUACACUUCUUAUAAAUUCAAUCUUAGAUGGAAGUGGUGACCACAACAAAACUUCCUCACAACCAACUAACUCUACUAACUAUUCUUGUGUGGUAAUUGGCGAUACUCCUACCAAUCUAGAUCCGAGUCUAGAUCUCUCAGAAUGUCAAUAUUUUCCGCAGACGUUUAAAGAAGUGUUACGAAUUUUACAAAAAUCAGUUGAUCUCGAAACAUCAUAUACAUUUACUGUUUUCAGAGAUGAAAUUUUUGAGUGUUGUGUAAGGGCCAUGAGACGACCGACAUUUUCACCAUAUAAAAAAAUGUUCGUGAAAUUUAGCGAUAUUGAGGGACUGUCGGAAGGGGCCAUUGACGAUGGAGGGCCAACGAGGGAGCUUUUUCGGCUUGUUUUAACUUACAUUAAAGAUAGUCCAAUGUUUGUCGGUAACCGCAAAAAACUAUCACUUAACGCAGUUGCUUUGGAAAACAAGCAUUAUUUCGAAGCAGGCCGGAUCAUAGCUUUAUCGCUAAUACACGGAGGCCCUGCCCCACAUUUUGUUUCGGAUUUCCUCUUUAGUUUGAUAGUCGGAGAUGAGAAUACAAAACCCACAUUUGAAGAUGUAGAAGAGGAUGUCAGAUCGACCCUAAUACAACUAAAAAAUUGUGAUUGUCUUUCCGAUGCACAGAAUAUAGUUACGGACAACAAUAUAUUUUCGACUGCGGGAUAUAGUUUUAUUUUCAAGAUUGAAGAGAUACCAAAAGUUUUAGAGGGGACGGUCACAUUUUUUACUGUCACAAGAAUUAGCGAUGCUUUAUUUCAGUUCAUGGAAGGCCUCAAGACGUGCAACGUCUAUGAGUAUUUGACAAAAUAUCCUCAUCUAUUUAAAAGGUAUAUGUGCAAUGACAUAAUAGCAAUUACAGCAGAAGAUCUGGAUAACUUGUUUGAAGUAUCAUAUUCCGCCAUCGGUUCAAAUACACGAAAAGUCGAAAACAAGGUUAUUACCUAUUUUCGGGAUUUCCUGCUUGACUGUGAAGGUAAUAACUCUCAAGAUAUAUCUAGUACCUGCUCCCAUGGAAAGGUGUCAGUAACAGAUGUUAUGGUAUUUGCCACAGGUGCAGACCAUAUUCCUCCAUUAGGCUUUCGAACAAAGCCGCAAAUAGAAUUUUUGCACGGCGAUUCAAGUAUUUACCCAAAAGCAAAUACAUGUUCUCUGACGCUUCAAUUGCCAGUUGCACAUACGAAAUACGAAGAAUUUACAAAUGCUUUGAAUUUCUCAAUUGCCAAUUGCAAUUCUUUUGGGUUCUCGUAGUUUGUAAGUUAUCCAUAUU